CCCACGAUGCGUGUUUUGCUGUUCUUGAGGUAGCAUGGCCAAGUAUAUCUAAAUUACCGACACUUCCAGCCUGUCUACUUCUACCCAGGACGGAGUGGAUGUACGGAUACGGAACAUUCCCCAGCUAACCAUGAUUCAAUUUUGCCAAUUGUUUUUGGCCGUGGGACUCGUGUUGAUGCAGGCACGAGGUAAGAAGCUGAGUGGCGGUGACCUACCCCCGAUCCCCAACGUCCAACCCCGACCCCUGCCCCCGGCCAUCUGGGGUCACUGGACGAAUUAUGGCCCCUGCUCCAGGACAUGUGGCCGGGGGGUGAAGAUGAGGACACGUGAUUGUCUUCAGUGGACGGGUGAACGUUACACCGAGACGCACCUCACCGCUUGUGUCGGCAACAACAUCGACUACAGGCUCUGUGAACUUGGGAAGUGUCCCCGCGAUGAAGACUUCCGGGCCUACCAGUGUCGCGUCCUCAGCAAGACCCGCCAUGUGGCAGGCCGCACCCAUCAGUGGAUACCGUACGAUGGAGGUAAACCAUGCGAGCUCAGCUGUAAAGCAGUGGGUCGCUCGUACUAUUACACUUUCGGCACUGUUCAGGACGGGACCAUGUGCCUCAACAGCAACAAUCACGUGUGUGUCCACGGCCAGUGCAAGUUGAUUGGCUGCGACGAUCACGUGGGCGGCGGAACCCGGAUGGACAUGUGUGGUGUGUGCAACGGAAAGAAUGACACGUGCUCCUUCAUCAAGUCUUCAUACAGGACUGAGCUGCCUUCAGGGAGGGGAAAGCACCGGGGUUAUAACGAGGUUGUCACCAUCCCGAGGGGAUCGACCCACUUCAGCGUGAAAGAGUCCAGUCGGAACCACCUAGCGCUUAUGAAUGCCAACAAGGACUUCGUCCUGAACGGCCAGUACACCAUCGCGAACCCCGGCAUCUACUCUAUUGGUGGCACAGUGGUAACCUACGACCGGGUCAACAGCGGCUACGAGGCUCUGCAAGGCGACGGACCCACAUCCGAGGAUUUACAUGUUAUGCUAAUGUACAGAGAGAAGAACCGAGGGGUAAACUACGAGUUCUGGGUGCCUGGGAUACCAUCUCUGGAACUCCUUAACAUGACGUACAUGAGAUUCGACAACGCCAUCCCCGUGGACGCGGUGACCCACGUGGAAACAACGACGACGCGCUUCACCGUCCCGCCAAAUCCCACGAGGAAGACCACGUUGUCAGAUAAUCAGAUCUGGGAUAUUGUCAUGUCGGAGAUCGACUACGACGGGAAGGUGACGAAGCAAUACGACAUCACCAACGGCGGCAGGGUCACGACACAACAGCACAGCGACAGACUUAAGGGAACACGUGGUAAAUCUAAGACGUUGUAUAAACGGAAGAACGCUACCAAAGACAAGGUGAAGCAGGAUCGGCUGAGAAGGAAGAAGUUGAAGAAGAAGAGUAAGAAGAAGAAGAGAAAGUUUCUAAGCAAAAGUCAAUGUCCAGCCUGCAAAAGAAUGAAGAAUCGGAGAAAACAGUUCUGUGCUAGUGAUUUCGUGUCCAAAGCACGAGUGAACGGUCUUGAAGUGUUCGGGAACGCUACCCGUUACGACAUCAGCAUCAUGUACACCUACAGGAACAUCGUCCCUCUCCUCCACAGAGAGUACAUCUGGGUGUACAACAUCUGCAAGUGUCCGCGCCUGCGCAUAGGGAGAGAGUACAUCCUGAUGGGGAUGAUGGAAAAACACGGUCAGCGGGAGAUCCGAUUGUCAAUCUCCCCCGACAGUUACGUCAGGAAGUUUUCAUUAAAACAAGACCUCAGAAUGGAGAAAUUAAAACGGAAAAGAUCAAAAUGUAAAAUAAAGAAAAAAGCAUUUUAGGUAGUCUUUAUUGUUUUAGAUAUAUGAAUACAUUUUGUUGGCGACAUUUAUUGACACAUUGACCAUUAAAUGGCAUUUCUAACAUAUCACGAUAUAUGUUUAAUGUUUCCGUCACAAUCAGUGGAAAUACGUCAGCAGGUCGCCCAAGGCAACGCAACUCGCCGUGAAGAGUUAUGCCCCCUUGCUGCUUCACACCGAUAGUCUUGGUUCUAAUAUCACGAUCAGUGUGGCUCAGUGGUGUCUGUGACACACCUUUUUAGCUGUGCAGAGUUGCGUUCCCUUGAGCGUGCCACAAAAUUAUGAUCGGGGUUCGAAUCCGGGUUUGUUUCUUGGUUGGUAAAUACCGUUCACGUGGGUUUCACUGAAGAGGUAAAAAUAAAAGAUCUGCAUCACCUCGGGCUUUCUUCCCACAUCACACCGUGACAUGGCAGGAAUUAUCAUUCAGGCUGUAACGAUUACCAUCAUUAACUGGCACUGCGAUAUAUAGCGAUAUCACAAGAUAACUAAAAACGCCCCUAAACACAGGGUGAUCUUAAACUUCUUGUAAGAAAUGUAUGGGGACAUGUAUCAAUGUGAGUACAUUCACUGCGAUACUCUGACAGUGUUCGGAAACCAGUUGCUGUUCUACGCCAGUUCCAUUGCUUUGAUGAACGUGAUAUGACACAAGUGUCGACUGUGGUAUCGGAUCACGGCCCAUUGUGAUACAACACAACGGGUGUCGUUACAGCCAUAGCCAAUCGGUUAUUAGCUGAAACGCCGUGAUACAAACUGAAAUACCUUUCAAAGUGGUGUGAAACUCCGAAGCUUUAAUGCUAUAAUUUGUUCAUUGCUGUGUCUGUUUUCAAAUUUCGCACACAAUCCCCUUACCACGUAAAAUAUUCUCAUAACCAGUGGCAUCUCGAUAACUCGAACUCUUCUUGAUUGAUUUAUCGCUGGUGAAACGUCUUGAUUCCGACACGAUCCCUGUUACCAUAACGAUUUGAUAUCAGCGCUUCGCUUUCCUUGAACCAGGUGAAGGGAUGUUUGAUGCUUCCAGGUGUUCGAGUUGACGAGGUAUAUACAAAUAAUGAUAUUACACCGUUUUCGUCGAGAUGCUCUCACACAACCGAGAUAAGAGGAAUUGAACAUGUCGAGUAUCCAUCAUUAUUUAUUGUUAUACAUUUUGUGUACUGAUUUGUGUUUUAUAGAAUUGUGUUUCAUUUAUAAAUAUUAAAAGAAUUUAUUAUAA